AUGACACCGAAACUUGAAAAGCUGCUGACAAGACGAUACCGCAACAUCCAGUCUGAACCCCAAGAGCUACGACGACCCCGAGAUCCCCUCUAUGAUCGUGACUACGCAACGGACGAGUUCCUAACGGAGUGCGACCUGGUCGAAAUUGUGUCUAAGAUCGGCCAUGGAACUCGGUACAUCACACAACCCAACACCAAGGCAGGAAAGCGAUUUUCGUGGAAUGAGGGAUACGUGAAUUUCCUCGUCAUGUCGUCGCCUCCUGGUGAUAAUCUAUUCGACAUAUACGAGGAUUUCUCCAAUGACCAGCGGGCCAGUAUCAGUUAA